UUUGACGAGUGUUUUAGUCGAUUUGACUAUCUUCAAAUUGAUAACUGAUAGAGGUAAUAUGAAAAACAAUAUUACUGGCUAAUGACUUUUUUUUCUAUAAAUCAAAAACUAAAGUUAUGUCAAAGUUAUUUGUUUCAAAGGUUAUUAAUAAAGUACCGGUUUAUCCCAAAAAAACAAUUAACAACCGAGACUUACUUUCAAUACAUAUUUGUACUUUAUAGCCAAACUUUAUUAAUGGGAAUUCGGAUUAUAAUAGCAGGGGAAACUCAAUGCCCGGCUUAUGCAGAAAGUUGUUAUCUAGCCGAUUAUCUUUCUCAAAACCUACCAAACUUUUGCUAUCAACGGAUAGAAAAAUCUGUUUUAGAAUGGAAGAGUUGGCUGUGUAAGAUAAACAUUAAAAAUAAGUGGCAUCAUAUGGAGUCACCUAUAAUAUGGAAAGAAAUGUUAAUGAAAGGCAGUAAACCAUCUUAUAUAGGUGGAGCCUCGGAGUUCUUGGACUACUGCUAUUCAUACUAUAACUUUGAUUCUUUGUUUGCUUCUGAGAAGUUUGAUGAACUGUUAACAAACGUAUUGCAAUUCAAAAAGAAAGUGAAUGCGGAAAAUAUACUCAUCAGACAACUCGAAGCUAAAUCCAAUGUCGAAGAAGAAACAGCGAUUAAAACCCAUUAUGUAAUUACUAUAAUUGGGGCCGGACAUAUCUUAGCAAUGCAUUUGAUUUCGCAAUUGCUAGAUCAUAAAGUUGCUGAAGGAGAUAAAUAUAUAAAUAAAAUAUAUUUGUACGACAAUAGUUGUUCUGAGACAUUUAUGAAGUUUGUCGAGAAAGAAUGUUACUAUGUACAAACGAACUAUCCGGGGAAAGUUGUAAAAUAUGUGCAGAAGAUAGGGGUAGCACUGACAAACUCUGAUUUACUGAUAGUAUUGGACCACGAACCAUUUAACGAUAAUUUAGCUAUGGGCGAAUGGCUACGUUUAAAUAGGAAAAAAAUGAAAGAGUUGGCUUUAAUGAUUAAUGCGUCAGCUUCUCGCAAAAUGUACGUUAUUUUUGCCAACUUGGGUCCAGCCUGUUAUAACGCAACUGUACUUAGAAGUCGGGUUAAUAUUAAUAAAAACAACAUUGCUGUGGCUACCUCUGAUUUAGGAUUAGAAAUUUUACCAAUACUCGCUGAAACUGCUCAAGUACCCAUGAGAAACAUAUUUUGUCCACCUGUAUGGGGUUUCGUUGGGAUAAAUCAAAUAGUAGACGUUAGAACUACUGUGCAUAAGUAUAACUCUUUUGAGCCUUAUAAUAGAUACAGGAAAGUACAUAAUUCUACUUUGAAUAUUGGUAUGAUAACUCCAGAAAUGCGAACUAUGGACUAUUUAAUGCAUUUUGAUGUUACUUUAUGGCCAAAGGUUGCUCAAAUGAAAAGAAAAUACUCUCGAGGAAUAACGAGAUUAAAUAAAGCUAUUUCGAUAGUGCAUUUGGCAAAUCUUUGGCUGCUGAACCCUAAUCCUGAUAAUAUCGUAUGUCUCGGGAUGUACUGCAACGGAUCAUUUGGAUUACAUUUCGAAGGUUUGUUUUCUCAACCAGCAAGAUUCAUAGACGGAAAAUGGGUACCAGCAACCGAUUAUUCAAAACCCAAGGACCCAGGGAUGAAGUUACCAUAUAUGUUAGAAAUGGCGAAACUAGUAAUGUCGAUGAAACCGACCGAUUUACCACCUGUUGUACCUUACUUCCCAUGUACUUGUAAAACAAAAAUAAUUAAAAAGAAACAUUUACUUCAUUGAUGCCUUGAGUAUAACAAUAACCAAAGAGUGAAGAAGUCACUCAUUUCUGAACGGCAAAGACAGGACUGACAAAAGUCACAAACGCAAGUUUAUGAACGUAUCGUCAACUGUCACUUCAUCUCUACCCAACAACCAGCCGACUUGAACAAAUAGUGGUGGUCGAAACGUCGUUGUGGAUUGUUUCGCGUUUCGUGCUCGAAGGAAUGUUAUGACGUGCAGUAACUGUCUUUGUUUGAAUAACACAUGUUUUUUAAUUUACUCAAGAAUCAUAGAAUUAUGUGAUAGAUAGAUUUCAAAAUGCUCCUAAACAGUCUCAUGUUUUUUUUUAAAGUAUGAUCGUGCCAAUAGGAUUUAUUAGUAUAGUUAGGCAUUCGUAUUUAUUAAGUUGUGUGAAUAUUGUGCCAAUUAUGAGAUAGUGGAGUGUUGUGAUGUGGUUGUGGGACAUGUGGGGGGUGCUGUGGGCCGUGGAGGCGGUGGCGCAGCUGUCUGCGGUGCUGGCAACGCCGCUGGACCCCGCGCCGCCGAUACCGCAAGGUGAGAGGAGUGGAACCUUGCACGCCUACGCUUGUCUCGUUGCUUCACUGCCACCUCAAAUUGCAUGCGAUUGAGACUUAUUUUACAUUUGUUUAUCUUGCUUUGAAACUUUUAUGAAGUGCAAUUUUUAAAUUCUGUUGUCAAAUAUAUUUUAAUGUUAAUA